UGUACAAGCAGGAAAUACUCUCGGCAAUAUUUGGCGAGGUUUUGAUCCGACCCACAACAUUCACAAUAGAAAGCCCGUCAUUCAGAAUCUUUUGAAAGGAACUUUUACAAUACUCUGUUGAAAUGGACAUGAGGCAAACCGUCGGGAAAACGAUUUUGAAAAACGGGUCAAAGAGGGGCGACAUUUGCUGUGGUAUUCACAGACCAUCCCUGCUGGGGCCAGACGACGUUUUCCCAGGAGGGUGCUUACACUGUAGACGGCAUCCGUCAUGGGAAAGGUUUUGGAAGUGUUGGUCUUCCUGGUGCUGUUAGCAGGAGUUGCAAAAUCGGAAGAAACGAUGCGUUCAGCAUUAACACAACCGAUUCCGCCUAGCUUCAUAGUCAUUGUGUCACUCGAAGCCAUUGUUACCUGCGUCAUCGUCGUUGUCAUCAUUUUCUUGUGCUGCACUUGUCCAAGCAAACGUCCCGCUCACGAUGACGAGGAUGAGCAAGUCGGCGGGUGUCAGAGGAAAUACGGAAGCCUUUCGGUUGUGAAUGGGAGUAGGCCAAAGGCGGAUUUUCCAGUCGUCUCGCGGCUCCAGCUGGAUUGGGCGGAUGGUAUCACGACUGUGACCUCCCCGAAGCGCGGCCCGCUGUAUGAGACCAAGAUCCGAAAUAUGGACACGCACCCUCAUUCAGGUUUCCAAGGGUCACCCGAGGCACAUCAGAGCGUGCAGGCAUCCCAUUCCACGGGCUCUCCGCCCCGUGGAAUUAGCCCUCACGUCGUGCCUUGGAGGCCGACCAGCGCAGAAAGCCUUGCUGUUGUGCAACCGCUGUUCGAAGUCCUGGCUCUUACAGCGGCACGAGACAUGACAAGGCCUUCUACACAGCCGACGAGGAGCUGCCGUGGGGGAGAAGAGCAUGCAUAGGUACGUGGUUCCACCGGCGGAGCGCUGGAGCAGUCAAUCACAAAUAAUCCGAGACAUGGAACUACCCUUGGCUAAGGAUGGGCUUAAACUCAAGGAGGAGGCACCGGAGGAAGGGGAGUGACUGUAGGUAACAAAUUAACAAAAUCCGAAGAGGACCAACUGCCCCCAAUCGGCAGGAAAUGAGGAACAAGCUGAGCCAUUAUUGCUGCAUUGAGAGGUAAAACUGGACCUAAAAGUUUUUGUGGAGGAGGUGUUUUGAUGUUUACAUCCCGAAACCCCGUGGGUGCCGCAGACUGGUUUCGGCUUCCUCAAUUGGAAUGUAGAUCCCAAUCAUGGGAUGGACUGUAACUAGCCAAAACAAGAAUAGAAACAUAAUAAGCAAUGUGGAUUGUGUAUCUUGAAAUUUGUCGAAAUUUUUAAGAGUUUUAUGUUAACCACGUGAAUGUUUCUAAUCAUAUCUAAUCAUAAUUAUUUCGGCUCGCUUAGUACAUGCGAGAGCAACGUGUGUCUCAACCCCCACCUAUUGGGUCCACAACCCAUCACCUGAAUGACGGAGUAUGAAACCUAUCGCGUACAAGCACUUACUUACGAUGCAAUCAGAGCUUAUUAUCCUAGAAAUUUUGCUGGUCUGAAACACGGUUGUGGGAGACUUUAGGUACCAUUAUUCCGUUGACACCUCUCUGUCAUAGCUUGAAAGCAUAAGAAUAGAGGCACUAUUAUAUACCAAGUAUAUAGCAAGUUGGACUAUUCACCUCUGUAAAAGCUAAUUUGUAGAGUUUCCAAAUUAGAACAUUGCAAGGAGAGAAGCUAGCCCGCUGUGGGAUACUCUGGGGCCCUCUAUUUUUCGAAGCCAUGCACAUAUAGGUGCCUUGCCUUAGUCACAGAACCGAGUCCUGACCCUUUAAAAUAUUUAGGUGUAUCCGAUUCGUAUUUACUUAGAAAGGAAAAACGUCAACACAAACGAAAGGGGGUUUCCCACGAGGACCCCCCACACGCAGUUUCGUCCUGGAGCAUCAGACGCGGAUGGGGGGGGGGAGCUCAGGGCCUCCCGCUGCUCAUUACAAUUUCUUUUUUUUGGGGGGGGGCUACGUCUAAAGGUUUGAAGAUUCCUAAAAAGUUAACCUAUGUAGGUCUUAUUUUCUGUGUGUGGUUGAGAACUAAACAAAAAAAUUAAAUGGCUUCACCAAUGGCGAUGACUGUAGUAACUCUCUCCCCUUGUACGAACAAAAAAAAAACAUCCCCCCAUGAACUCCUGGACCCACCCCUGCGCAUGUCCUUCCUAAUAGCAUAAAUGAGACUAUUUUAUUAUGAUGUCUGUUGGCUGAUUAUUAACUCGGAAAUUUUACUCAUAUCUUAAUCUUAAGUCGUCAUUACGUAACAUGUUUGGAAUGGGUAGAAUAUCAAAGCUCAAAGUCCGACGUUGACGCCAUAACGCCCCAAUGUCACAAUACCAGUCACCAUUAAAGAGAGCUUUGAUAUAAAGGAGGAAUGUUUUGUUGUCUUGAUUUUUGGACAACGUCAAUCCACAUUAUUUGAUUCGUAACUUGUCCAUGGAUCCACAAACUCCUAAAGAGGUAACGGCACCAGGUGACUCGGAGCCGCCCCCGUACAAUCCCUCAUGGACUUACCCGCCCGUCGGAGAGAGCGCGCCCGCUCCGUACCCACCACCCGCUGGCUACCCUCCACCGCAGAAUGCAGCCUACCCACCGCCAGCACAAGGCAAUGCCUACCCGCCUCCGACGAACUACUCAGCCUACCCACCCGGACAAAUGCCGCAACCGGCUCAGGUGACCGUGACAACUACCACCGUGCCUCAGUCCACCGCCACCCACCAGAUAGUCAUGGUCAACACUUGCCCCAACUGCCGGUCCGGGGUGCUGCAGGAGCGCUUCCCGCCGUGUGCGGUGCUGCUCGCUAUUUUCUUCUUCCCGCUGGGCGUGUUCUGCUGCCUGGCAAUGCGUGAGAGGGUGUGCACCAACUGUAACGCAACCUUCAGCUGAAAGAUAGGCGGUCAAGGUCAAGUAGGAGCCUGUGUAGUGCUACGGCAAAUCUCGAUUCAAGACUUAAUAGUGGUGAUUGAUAUUAAAUCUUGCACUGGCAGGGUAUCCAAUAUUACAGCGAAAUUGAAAAGUAUAACAGUAAAAGUCCAGCAUGGGUACAUGACUUCUUAGUUGGGGCAUCCCUUUAUAACUCAAUGGGGGGGGGUGGUGGCAAGAAGAGGUCUAUGGCCAACAUUGUGGUCACGUGAAUCACAAUUAGACACCGACGAAGAUUAUGUAUAAGCCCCAAGCUCGACUAAGAGAGGGCGCAAUUUCCUGGCAACGGAGGCUCCUUUGGGGAGAACUUCACUUCGCUGGUUAGAACGACUUCGAAGUGCGUUCGUUUGCGGUCACGUAGCGACCAACAAAACGAGCGCUCCCCACCAACUUGGCUCUUUUCAACCGAUGGGGGGGUGCUUCUGCUCGAGGCAGAGACAGGUUUUUCGCUUGAUUGGAAACAGGGAUAGAGAGAUGAGUGUGUGAUUUCCCGUGCUACCCCCUGAGCACCGCCAUCCCCUCCUAUUCUCCAAACCCACACGUACACCCCAACACCACCUACAACUCAACCCAACCCCAACUAUGCAUGCAAACACUGAAUUGUUAUACAGGUUUCUUUAUUUCUUGCUUCGGGUCACUUACGACUUUGAGAACUCCCCCAUCAAACCUAAAAAUCUUCCCUUUUCAGAUUUUUUCCUCCACACAGAAAGCCCCUCUUUGUCAAUUCUUAAACCGAGCUUGUCUAUUUUCCAGAAUAAAAAAAAGAAACUUUAGAUUUCAAAUCGAACACUUUGUAAAAGAUGAAUCAAGAGUCCCAAAUAUCACAAUUGUGACUGGAGGACAAUCACUGAAAGACGUCGGGGAACAAUUUGGCUAUUGUAACUUAAUUUUAUUGCUAAAUUAUUUUAAAGUAUAAUUAAACACAAUGUAAUAUAUAUGUUUAAAAAGAGAAGUUCCUUAUCGGUAGCCCCUGAAGUGAUAGAAGCAUUUUUUUCGAGUAGAAAGAGGGCUGUGUGGUCAAAAUUUUGACAGUAAGCCUCCAAUAUCCACGUACAUUUAUACCUUAGUUUGAAUCGGCCGUUGCUGUCAAUAUUUUCUAUGGGACUACCGGAGUAUUCAAUGAUUUUAUGUCACACUUGGCUUAGCGCGGUAGCCUGAGGGUAUGUCUGAGAAAACAGGCGGUGACAAAUGCUGCGGGUUCCAUAGUUGUUAGUUCACAAAAGCUUGCAAUGGCAUCAUGGGAAACUAGUACCCGAAAAAGUACAGUUUUCCGUCGCACAUUUUUUUGUCAGUACAAACUGCAAAAUAUUAAUUUUAUCUACCCCAUUUCCGCUCCUCCUAAUUUUUCAACUAUUGCAUCUGGUGCUUUUAUUUCUUCCUAAAAUUAUUUUUACUUUAACAGAAUAGUAGGCUAACUGAACAAUCACAAUGUUUUAUAGUAGGCCUAAUUAAUUAAUAAGUUCUUACAAAAACUGUAUCCCUAGCUUUAUGUGUUAAUUUAGCUCUCGAAUUGCGUUCUACGAUAAACAUUUCAAAAGUAUUUACAAACCUAUUAAUUGUCUUGAUAUUUUUUGAAUCUUACUUUAGUACAUCGCUAUUUAGUGACAAGCAGAUUUCAAGAUCAAAACCAGAUGCUACAUUAAACAGUUUGGCAAUUUAAAACAGUGCUUUGUUACCUUUCGUUGAUAUCAGACAAAUCAUUCCAAAAUAAUAUGUACAUCGUGCGCCUGGAAAUCCGAAGUAUAGAUUCGCUGCUGCAUCUUUAUGAUAUAGACCUAUGUUACGUUAAUAGGAGACGUGCAGUAACCUUUUAAUCUAGAGGGAUUACAUGAACACGUAUCAUAGUGGAAAUUCGGUUUA